CUCUUGGUGUGUGAGUUGCCCGUCUGUAAUAAUGCCUGUGGAUUUCAGUGGCACGUGGAACUUCGUUUCUAGUGAUAAUUUUGAAGGCUAUAUGCUGGCCUUAGGUAUUGAUUUUGCAACUCGCAAGAUAGCAAAAAUGCUGAAGCCCCAGAAGGUUAUUGAACAGAACGGGGACUCCUUCUCUAUCCGCACAAUAAGCACUUUCCGGAACUACUUUGUCCAGUUCAAAAUUGGGGAAGAGUUUGAGGAAGACAACAAAGGCCUGGACAACAGGAAAUGCAAGAGUGUGGUUACCUGGGAUGGUGACAAGCUUGUUUGUGUCCAGAUGGGAGAGAAGAAAAACAGAGGAUGGAGUCACUGGAUUGAAGGAGAUGAACUCUAUUUGGAACUCAGGUGUGAAGACCAAGUGGGCAGGCAGGUUUUCAAGAGAGCAUGAAGCUAAUCCCAGAGACAUGACAUGGCA